CAAAAGAUAAAAGAUCCGGUCCUGUCAUCCUGCUUCCCCUUCAUCCAGCAACGGUGCUGGCUUUCCAUCCGAGGCACUAGAUUCUUCUCUACCGUCAGUGUCUACUAGUGUCCACCAAUGACCGGCGAUGGCGCGAGCACUCCCCGCUACCUUAAUGCGUUAGUGAGGUGAUUGCUGCUUCCCCUCCCCGCCGCCUGACAUUUUUUCCUCUUUUCGUCAUACAUCCACUGCCUCGCCCGUACGACUUCAGGCACGGUCUUUGCAUUACCGGUAUAUAGGACUCUUUCUCCCAUUCGAAGGAGAGAAAGGCGCUCUGCAGGUAUUGCUUGAUAUCCGCGACAGCACCUGGGCCGAUCGUCCGAGCUAUUCGAUCUAAUCGACAAAACUUGCGGGGAUCUCACAGCCGCUUAAAAGAUCUAUCAUCAUGGCCGAGGAAAUCCAGAAAGACAACAAUGACCAUUUGGUCCAGUCGUCUGACCCCGAGCACCCUGCCAACAAGAUCCCUGACCUUUGUCGCCGGUUCUACAACUGGGGUUGGGUCACCGGCACCGGUGGUGGGACCUCCAUCCGCCAUGGCAACCACAUCUUCAUUGCUCCUUCUGGUGUGCAGAAGGAGAUGAUGCAGCCCGACAACAUCUUCGUCCUGGAAUUCCCCACGCCCAAGUACCCUCCCUCGGAGCGCAAGUAUAUCCGCAAGCCGCUUAAGCUGAACCCCUCAGCCUGCACACCACUGUUCCUUACUGCUUUUGAGCAGGGAGCUGGCUGCUGUAUCCAUACUCAUUCCCAAUGGGCGGUCCUGGUGACCCUCCUGGUGGAGCGCGAGAAGGGCCCGAACGCCUGCUUCGAGAUCAGCAACAUUGAACAGAUUAAGGGCAUCCCCCGCGGCAAGGGCAAGGGCAUGCUGGGCUUCUUCGAUACGCUUAGCAUCCCGAUCAUUGAGAACACCGCAUUCGAGGAAGACCUUACUGGAAGCUUGGAGAAGGCCAUGCAGCAAUACCCUGACACUUAUGCUGUCCUGGUGAGGAGACAUGGAAUUUACGUCUGGGGAGAUGAUGUCGCCAAGGCCAAGACCCAGUGCGAGAGUCUGGACUAUAUUUUCCAGCUUGCUGUGGAGAUGCACAAGCUUGGUCUCCCGUGGGUGAAAUAGACGGACAUCCUUUAAGACCUGCACAUUCUAGUUUUCAUACCACGUACCCGCCUGUGCUGUAUGACGCUCGCAGUUUGAGGUCUCUUCUUCGAAGACAACCCAGUAUGAUGACGAUACAUAUGAAAUAUAUGCACGAAUGAAAUACAUGCACGAAUGACUCCGUACUCGCAGUUACGAUCUUUUUGUAGAGUGCCGGGGCUGGGAAACCCAAGUAAUUAUGCAUUAGGGGAAUGCGCUG